GAGGAGCACGACCUCCUUACGUUUGAAUUACCAGACGACAAUUUACCGGGUUCAGACAGGCUGAGCAAGCAAAUCUUAAAAACACAAAGUGUUAUUGAUAUUGUAACGGCUUCAACACUGGAAGUACCAAAUGGUACGUACAGGACCGCUGGAACGGAGUGGAAAAACGGGAGAAAAAGUGAUGUUGUGUAUGUCCCACGAUUAUCCAUUCAGAGUUCCCCGCCACCCUUCCUUAUUGAAGUCCAGAAUGUUGUAGACGAGACCUUCAUUCAAUGUGUGAAUUCCUACUGUCUUCAAAUCAUUCAGCUGUAUUCGAGCAAACCAGUGGUGUUGGUUUUUUGCAUUUCAAAAGUAACACCCAGAUCCUUCGAGACCGAGUUCACCCCAUCGCGCUUAAAAACGUGGCUCUUGGAAUAUCCCUGCAAUGCUUGGGCAAAAGUUUGCUACAUGGUCUCGCCAAAUAGCACUGCAGAAACCGCUUUGCAGGCAACGUCGACGUUGGAUCCAUUGCUGGCAUUGUCACGAUUCUUGAUUGAGCAACAAGCGUCCCUGUUUGCUCAUACUCACCCAAGCGACCCGACCGUUAAACACUUAUACCACCUCGCCAUGAUGGAGCAUGGAUGUGCUUUGCAGUUCGAAGCAAAUUACGCUAACAACCUACAUACCGUCUGUUCAACCAAUAUCAAGCUCUUGGAACGAAGCAAAGCAAAAUUGGUCGCCGAUAUUCCCGACACGCGACGCGCAAUUAGAGAUUUGAAUCAAGGCAUUACUUAUAACGAGAAACUUAAACGCAAGUAUUCCUCCGUGGAAGAAGAAUCCUCUCAAUCUAGCCAAUCAUCAUUGGAAAUGCCAGAAGACCUCUCCUUGGAUCAUCCUUCGUCAGACGCGCCACAAGAGCCGGAAAAAGAAAAGGCGUUAGUCAAGCAAUAUUAUGCCACCCGUAAUGCGCAAAUGAAAUGGAAAGAUUGCUGGGAAAAAGGACGAGAAAUGGGCCUGUUCAAACGAUAUUCGACCGCCGAAAGUCUUCGUGCCAACCUUGGUCACCUUGUCCUCAAUAAGAAAGCAAAACGAAACCAUGCAACCCUAUAG